AGACAUACUCACGGACAAGUGCAGGUUUUAAGAGGAAGAGGCAGACAGUGCAGCCAUGCCCGCCCUUAAGAAGCCAGCGGCCAAGAAAGAAAAGGCUGCAGCGCCACCUCCUGCGAAGAAAGCAGCAGAAAAGCCCCCAGAGGAACCUGCGGUGCCAGUAGUCCCACCGGUAGAAGCGGAGAAAAAAACUGAAUCUACAGAAGCAAAACCUACAAAAAAGGAGGGAGAUGUCCCAGCCGACGGUGUGGUGAAGACCGAGCUCACCGGGCUGUUUCUGGAGAGGCCGGCCGAGUCCACCGUCGCCAUCAAGGGGAAGAAUGUCACGUUCACCGCCAAAGUGGACGCCUCCAACCUGCCGAAGAAGCCCACCAUGAAGUGGAUGAAGGGCAAGUGGCUGGACCUGGGCAGCAAGGCUGGGAAGCACCUGCAGUUCAAGGAGACCUACGACAGGAACACCAAGGUGUACACUUAUGAGUUGAGCAUGAUCAAGGUGAAGGAGCUGGAUGCUGGGUGCUACCGGUGUGAAGUCAAUGCGAAAGAUAAGUGUGACAGCUGCACCUUCGAGGUGACUGUGGAAGUUCCUGAGGACUCCGGUGCCAACAUCCUGGAAGCCUUCAAAAGAUCGGGAGACGCAAGUGAAGAUGCUGGGGACUUGGACUUCAGUGCUUUACUGAAGAAAAGGGAGGUGAAGGUGGAGCAGCCGAAGGAGGAGGUGGACGUGUGGGACAUCCUGAAGGCGGCAAAGCCCUGCGACUACGAGAAGAUCGCCUUCGAGUACGGCAUCACAGACCUGAGGGGCAUGCUGAAGAGGCUGAAGAAGAUGAGGGUGGAGCCCAAGAAGUGCGACGCCUUCACCAGGAAGCUGGAAGCGGCCUACACUGUGGACAAGGGAAAAAGGAUCCAGAUGUCUGUGGAGAUGGCCAACGUCGACGCUCCAAUCAAAUGGCUGAAAAACGGACAGGAGAUCAAGCCCUCUGCUAAGUACGUGUUUGAGUCUGUUGGGAAGAAGAGGACCCUGACGAUUAACAGGUGCACGCUGGCAGACGACGCCGCCUACGAGUGUGUGAUCGGAGACGAUAAGAGCUUCACCGAGGUCUUCGUCAAAGAGCCCCCCAUCACUAUCACCAAGCUCCUGGAUGACCUGCACGUGGUGGUGGGAGACAAGGUGGAGUUUGAGGUGGAGGUGUCCGAGGAAGGCGCCAACGUCAUAUGGAUGAAGGAUGGGGUUGAGCUGACGAGAGACCAUGGGAGGUACCGCUUCAAGAAAGACGGCAAGAAGCACUGGCUGAUUAUUAAUGAGGCUGAGAAGGAGGAUGUCGGAAUGUACCAUGUCUACACCAACGGCGGGGAGUCCAAGGGUGAACUGGAAGUGGAAGACAAGCAGCUGGAGGUGCUCCAGAGCAUCGCAGAUCUCACCGUGAAGGCUGAGGAGCAGGCCAUGUUCAAGUGUGAGGUCUCGGACGAAAAGGUGACAGGGAAGUGGUACAAAGAUGGAGUGGAGGUCGUUGCCAGCGACCGCAUCAAAAUGAGCCACAUUGGGAGGUUUCACAAGCUGACCAUCAACAAUGUGAAGCAGGCAGAUGCGGGCGACUACACCUUCGUCCCAGACGGAUAUGCACUGUCACUGUCUGCCAAACUCAACUUCCUGGAAAUUAAGAUUGAGUAUGUGCCUCGUCAAGAACCUCCCAAAAUCUAUCUGGACACCAGUGGUGUGGGCUCCCAUAACACCAUUACUGUUGUCGCUGGCAACAAGCUCCGCCUGGAUGUGGAGGUGACUGGGGAGCCUGCCCCCACUGUGUGCUGGAUGAGGGGAGAUACGCAAGUCACGGAGGCGGAGGGCCGGAUCCGAGUGGAGACCAGGAAGACUCUGAGCAGCUUUGUGAUUGAGGGUGCGGAGAGGUCCGAUGAAGGGUUCUACAGCAUCACCGUGACCAACCCGGUUGGAGAGGACAAAGCCAAGCUCUACAUCAGGAUUGUGGAUGUGCCUGACCCUCCCGAGGGGGUGAAAUGCACAGCAGUGGGAGAAGACCAUGCCACCAUUGUCUGGGAGGUGCCCAAGUUUGAUGGCGGAGCGCCACUUAAAGGCUAUCUCAUGGAGAGGAAGAAGAAGGGCUCCACCCGAUGGACGAAGCUGAACUUUGACAUCUACGAGACAACAACAUAUGAAACCAAGAAGAUGAUUGAGGGCGUGCUUUACGAGAUGAGGGUGUUUGCUGUCAACGGGAUUGGCAUGUCCCCGCCCAGCGCCACCUCCAAACCCUUCAUGCCUAUUGCCCCCACCAGCGAGCCUACCCGUCUCCAGGUGGAUGAUGUCUCAGACACGACCUGUUCCCUGAAGUGGCUUCCCCCAGACAGAGUCGGAGCGGGGGGCAUUGACGGCUACAUCAUUGAGUACUGCAUAGAAGGAGGGACGGAAUGGAUCAGAGGCACUAAAGACCCCGUGGAGAAGAUCCACCAUACGGUGAGAGGCCUCCCCACCGGGGAGAAGCUCCUGUUCAGAGUGAUGACUGUCAACAUCGCCGGCAUGAGUGCCCCCGCCUACACCACCCAGAGCGUCACCAUCCGCGAGAUCAUGGAGCAUCCCAAGAUCCGCCUCCCUCGCCACCUGAGAACCAAGUACAUCAGGAGAGUCGGUGAGAAGGUCAACCUGGUCAUUCCUUUCCAGGGGAAGCCCCGCCCCGUGGUGAAGUGGUUCAAGGACGAUAAGCCCAUCGACGAGAAGAAGGUGAUGUUGCGCACCACCGACGUGGACACCAUGAUCUUCAUUCGCUCGGCCGAGAGAGAGCACACCGGCAUCUACACUCUGACCGUGCAGAUCGAGAACAUGGAGGACAAGGCCAACAUUCACAUCCAGGUCGUGGAGAAGCCAGGUCCACCCAUCGGGGUGACCGUGUCUGAUGUCUGGGGCUUUAACGCAGCCCUGGAAUGGUCUCCGCCCAAGGACAACGGCAACACCGACAUCAUUGGCUACACUGUGCAGAAGGCGGACAAGAAGACCAACGAAUGGUUCACCGUGUAUGAGCACAACAGGAGGCCUCACUGCACCGUGUCUGACCUGGUCAUGGGGAACGAGUACAUGUUCCGCGUGUUCAGCGAGAACAUCUGCGGCCUCAGCGAAUCAGUGGGCUUCAGCAAGAACACAGCCGUCAUCGCCAAGACAGGCCUGGUGCAUAAAGAGGCUCCCUUCAAGGAAAAGGACAUGAACCACUCCCCCAAGUUCACACAGCCCCUGGUGGACAGGGCUGUGGUUGCAGGCUACUCCACUGCCAUCAGCUGCUCUGUGCGCGGCUCUCCCAAGCCGAAGAUCGUUUGGAUGAAGAAUAAGAUGAUUAUUGGUGAGGACCCCAAGUACCUCAUGAAGAACAACCAAGGGGUGCUGACCCUUAACAUCCGCAAGGCCAGCCUGUUCGAUGGCGGGAAGUACACCUGCAGGGCCAUUAACGACCUGGGCCAGGACGAGGUGGAGUGCAAGCUGGAGGUCCGAGUCCACACAGGAGAGAAGAAAUAGGAGAAGAAGUGAGGACAAAACUAAAGAAAUAUAAGCAAGAAAAUCAGUUCAUGUUUGGCUUGAUAAAAAUAAAAUGUAUUUGAAGUCUUAA